UGAAUGGAUUAUGACUGUAACGUAGACAAACGAUAUUCAGGGUUGUAGUCCCAAAUUACCGCUCAGGGACUCAUUGGAAGCGAGAGGAGGCCUAGUUUGGACUUCGAUUCCCAGGCUCCUUUGCGGCGGAGGCCGAGAAGCGGGAACAAAAUGGCGGCGGCGCGGAAGAUGCUUCUCAACGGCGGCGGACUGCGCAGACUCAGAGGAUUGUGACUCAGACAGACACAAAGUGUAUUGGGAGUUGUAGUUCAAAACUUCCGUUGAGAGACUAUCUGGAGGCGAACUGAGGACUUGUUUGGACUUCUACUCCCAGGCACCUUUGCGGCGGAGGCCGAGAAGCGGUUUGGAAAAUGGCGGCGGCGGCGGCGACGAAGAAGAAAAAGCCGCGCCUUAGCGAAAGCAGCAGCGAAGAAGACGCGGAGGCUCUACAGCGCAUGCGCGAAGCUGCCUGGAACCCUACAAUCGGAGUCCCCGCAAAGAGUUCGCCGCCGUCUGAGGAACCGAGUCUGAGAGGAGUGGCCAAACUUCACGAAGACGACGGGAACGCGUUCCAGACGACCGCCGGAUUCCGCGCGCACGUGGCGAAGAAACUGGCGGUCAUCUUGGACAGGUCCAUCGAUGUUUGGGAGCGUCCACCGCAAACCGUGCAGAACGGUGGCGAGGAAUCGGACGCGGAAGAGGACGGGUUUCGCCUCUUCUCUUCAUCCAUUCCGGGGGACGCCGGCGAGCUGAAACCUUCACCAUCCUCUGCGCAGAAAAAAUGGCAGCAGCAGUCCCACUCCAGCUCUUCCAGCGACGAAGAGUGGCAAAGAUGUCACGAGGCCGCCGUCUCGGCUGCGGACGUCCUAAAGAACAGCGGCGUUUCCGGUGCAAUUGGAAAAAUUGUGCAAUCGGACGACCUCGGCCCGUCUGCACUGUUCAGCAAACAGAAGAAGAAGAAAAGGACGAAGAAGCCGAGAGAGAACAGCGUCGAAGAGCGUGCCGUGGAAACUUCGCGUAAGGAUCUCGGCGCAGUUCCCGGGAGCGUUGAGGACGGCACAACUCCGGACGCGCCGCGGCAGACGAAAGGAAAAGAGAAACAAAAGAAAGUUGGUGCAAAGAUUGGCACAAAAACUGUUUUUUAAGAAAUAUAUGUAUCUAUAAAAUAAAGCGUACUUUAAUU